AGCUUUCUCCUUUUAUGUUGGUCUCGUUUAUGUGAUUGGUGUUCUUCGAGAAGUUAGGCCUCGCUCCUCGCGUUUGAAGACUUCUAAUUUGACGUUCUUGGGCGUAUCAACGUCGUCGUCGCUUCCGGAAGUGAGUGGUCUUGCUUGUCGUGUUAUGAAGUCCCUGGUUCUUGGUUACGAGAGAUUGGCUCUCAUCGUGUUAGGAGGUGGUUGAUGUUAUUCUUGAGUUGGUCGUGGGCAUCCUUGGUAAAUCUCAUUCGUUUGUGCGUUAGAAGAAGAGGUUAUUUGUUCCCUUGGUUCCAUUGUUUCUCUUAAAGUUUUA